GAGUGGCGUCCGGAGCCCAGUCUCCGCUUACCGGGUGGAGGCUGGCCGUAGACUGGGGCGCCCCUUGUUCGCAGCCUUCGGGCCCGCCCCGCGACCGCGGAGCCAGCCACGUGGUGGGCGGACUGGGGCGGCCACAAGCCCCGCGACCUCGGAGGUCCCAGAGCCCCCAGCUGCAGUCCGAGGCGGGCGCUGAGAGGCGGCCGAGGCCCGAGACCCGCAGAGAGCGAGCUCACCGCGCAGCGCCAUGGCCAGCAAGGGUCGCGAGGGCGAACACCCCUCCGUGACGCUCUUUCGCCAGUACCUGCGCAUCCGCACGGUCCAUCCCGAGCCCGACUACGGGGCUGCAGGGGCCUUCCUUGAGGAGCAAGCCCACCAGCUGGGCCUGGGCUGUCAGAAUGUGGAGGUGGCGCCUGGCCGUGUGGUGACUGUGCUGACCUGGCCAGGCACCAACCCCAGACUAUGCUCCCUCCUGCUCAACUCCCACACGGACGUGGUGCCUGUCUUCAAGGAACACUGGAGCCAUGACCCCUUUGAGGCCUUCAAGGAUGCCGAGGGCUACAUCUAUGCCAGGGGUGCCCAGGACAUGAAAUGCGUCAGCAUCCAGUACCUGGAGGCUGUGCGCAAGCUGAAGGCUGAGGGCUACCAUUUCCCCAGAACCAUCCACAUGACCUUUGUGCCAGAUGAGGAGGUUGGGGGUCACCAAGGCAUGGAGCUGUUUGUGCAGCGGCCAGAGUUCCAGGCCCUGAGGGCUGGCUUUGCCCUCGAUGAGGGCCUGGCCAGCCUCACUGACAACUUCACUGUAUUUUACAGUGAGCGGAGCACCUGGUGGGUGCGGAUCACAAGCACUGGGAAGCCAGGCCACGGCUCACGCUUCAUCGAGGACACAGCAGCAGAGAAGCUGCACAAGGUUGUGAGCUCAGUCCUGGCUUUCCGUGAGAAGGAGAGGCGGAGGCUGCAGUCAAACCCCCACCUGAAGCAGGGGGCUGUGACCUCUGUGAAUCUGACCAAGCUGGAGGGAGGCGUGGCCUGUAAUGUGGUACCAGCUACUUUGAGCGCCAGCUUUGACUUCCGCCUGGCACCGGAUGUGGACAUGAAGGCUUUUAAGGAACAGCUGCAAGGCUGGUGCCAGGCAGCUGGUGAGGGGGUCACCUUUGAGUUUGUUCAGAAGUGGACAGAGCCCCGAGUGACAUCUACUGAUGACUCAGACCCCUGGUGGGCAGCAUUUAGUGGGGUCUUCAAGGACAUGAAACUCACUCUGGAGCCAGAGGUCUUCCCCGCUGCCACCGACAGCCGCUACCUGCGCGCAGUGGGGGUCCCGGCUCUGGGCUUCUCACCCAUGAACCACACACCUGUGCUGCUGCACGACCAUGAUGAGCGGCUGCAUGAGGCUGUGUUCCUCCGCGGGGUGGACAUAUACGCACGGCUGCUGUCCGCCCUGGCCAGCGUGCCUGCCCUGCCCGGUGACAGCUGAGCCCCAUGCUGCCCAACCUCUACCUCCCUGGCCAGCACCAAGGUCCCCCUUCCUCCUAGCCCAACAAUAAAGUCUGUGUGGCCAGGGCCACUCCUGA